ACUCACGAGCAAAGCAAAGGCUCCAAACUUACUCGUCGCCCUCAAAAACCACGCUAAUCAGUGCCAAAACGCAAAUAACGCGAGGGAGAAGAAGAGACAGAAACAGUAAGGGUUUGACUGUUUGGCUAACGUCAUGGCGUCGACCUCUCCGCGCCGCUCCUCUGGCGGGGACUCAGCUUCCCCGUCCGCACCCCUCAUCCCCUCGCCGCCGACCUCCCCGGCAUCCGGCCCCUCCGGUGGCCCGCUAGGGCGGCUCACGAGCCUCCGCGGCGCGGCGCGGUUCAUCCGCCGCACGGGGAGCCGGCGCCUGAUGAGGGAGCCCUCCGUGGCGGUGCGGGAGACGGCCGCCGAGCACCUCGAGGAGCGCCAGACCGACUGGGCCUACUCGAAGCCCGUCGUCGUGCUCGACAUGCUCUGGAACCUCGCCUUCGUCGCCGUCGCCGCGGCCGUACUCGCCGCAUCGGUGGGCGAGCGGCCCACCGUGCCGCUCCGUGUCUGGAUCGUAGGCUACGUGCUCCAGUGCCUCCUCCACGUACUCAGCGUCACCGUCGAGUACAGGCGUCGACGCAGGAACGCGGACCAGGAGGGAGCGGGUGAUGAGGAUUUAAAGCUCAGUAUUGUGAAGCACUUGGAGUCUGCAAACACGAUGUUUUCCUUCAUAUGGUGGAUUGUUGGGUUCUAUUGGGUGUCUGCAGGUGGUAAAGCUUUAUCACAUGAUGCUCCUCAGCUUUAUUGGCUGUCAAUUGUUUUUCUGGCGUUUGAUGUUUUCUUUGUGGUCUUCUGUGUUGCCUUGGCUUGUGUGAUUGGAAUCGCUGUUUGUUGCUGCCUUCCCUGCAUUAUUGCUAUCUUAUAUGCUGUAACUGAUCAGCAGGAGGGAGCAUCUGAAGAUGACAUAAACAACCUAUCCAAAUUCAAAUUUCAGACAAUGAGUGAUGCAGACAAGCUAGCUGCUGGCAUUGCAGCACCUGUGGGUGGAGUGAUGACAGAGUGUGGUACCAAUCCUCCUGUCGAACAUAUUCUCUCAGCUGAGGAUGCAGAGUGCUGUAUCUGCCUAUGCCCGUAUGAAGAUGGCGUGGAACUACGUGAGCUUCCUUGCAACCACCAUUUUCACUGCAGCUGCAUUGACAAGUGGCUUCACAUAAAUGCUACAUGCCCAUUGUGCAAGUUCGACAUCAUCAAGAGCAACCGUGACAUAGAAGAGGUCUAGGUCACUAAGGAAAAAACGCCGCAAAACUUUUCGUCAUGUCUCUGCUGUGUUCUUCAGUACUACCGCUACCACAUUUGCGAUCCUGAGUUGUGAUUACCGGUCCUUUAGGUGAUGCACAAAUGGUACUCGUGAAUAUUCUUUUUAUUAGCAGUUUUCUGCAGGGCCUGUACAUUCUCUUUCUGCUCGAUCCGAUUGCAUUGCAGAUUGAUUUGUAAAUGAGUACAUGGUCACGUUGAACCUUGAAAGCAGUCAAUCAUUUCAAAAAUGGUUUAUGAAUUGGAAGCUAGUAUACAGGC